GGUGAAUGCGGUGUGAAACUCCAAGGAAGGGGUCCGGUCACGUCAUUGAAAACUCAACUGAAUUAUUCGAAACAGGUUUACGUAGCAGUGUUAAAUACCGUUUUAAAUCGGCGUGCUCCUUCUCUCAGUCGCUCAUCGUGAUAGUCUAUUUCGUGUCGUUGAUUCGUGUGUUUAUUUGUCGUCGCAGUAGACCGUGAAAAUAGCCAGAGAAAAAAAAGUUCCGAAAUAUCCGCAGACGCUAUCCAUAUCAAACCAAUCGCAAUGUGAACUAAACAUAAACGUCCCCAACUUUUGCCACUCGAAAGUUUUACUUCGCGUAAUAACGUGCGCCUUUAACAAGAUCAAAGUGCUGAAGUUCGCUUAUUUUACAAUUAGUUCGAAUGUGCAGAUGUAGGUACACAUCGCAGUUUGGAAACGUACUUGCCUAUGGUAUUAUACAAUACAUAAGCAUACAUACAUACAGGUACAAGUCGACUUUGUGUACCUACACGUGUGUAGUGUGAUUGUAUGUGUGUGAUCUGCAAGGCCAAACAAACAAACUCUAUUGUUUAAGUUGUUAAGGAGCUCAAUCGUUAUUAGAAAUGAUAAGCAAACCUCCAGAUAUGGUGGACCGUUUGCGUGGUUGGAUCAACAAUUGAAUGAAAGGAGAACGAGCAUAUUUUACAUAACUUUAAACUCCUUUUGAUCGCCGCUAUUUUGUUACGAUAAAUCAAACAGCAGAAAUUAAAAGAAAACGCCGAACUCUUCCGAAAGUGUCUUCGUAAUAAAGAAAAAAAAAUUGUCAAUCAAAUCCGCAUUUUAUAUCAUACUUCGUAAUCAAAAAUGGAAGGUUACAUUAAACUUUCGUAAAAAAAAGAGUACUACUACAAAAUGAUGGCACCUAGGAAUUCCGCGCCAAUCAUUGAAAAAGAAAUAUUUUGCACUUAUAAGGUUAAGCUAGAACGGGUCCUUGGGGUUACUGUGUCAACUAAUGCAGCUUUGGAUUCGGACUCGAAUAACGAAACAGUUGCUUACCCGGCUGGAUGCACAGUUAUCCUCUUUAAUACAGCUACCGGCAACCAAAGUCAUAUCAUCAAUUCAUCUCGAAAAACAAUAACCUCGUUAUCCUUUUCCUCAUGUGGAAGAUAUUUAGUUACGGGAGAAUGCGGUCAUCAACCUGCUGUCAGGGUAUGGGACCUGCAGUCAGAUCCUCAACCUGGCCCUCCUGGUAUAGCUCCACAAGUUCAACAAGUUGCAGAAUUUAUUGGACACAAAUAUGGAAUAAAUUGUGUGGCGUUUUCACCGACAAACAAGUAUGUUGUCAGCAUUGGUACCCAACAUGACAUGAUAGUGAACGUAUGGGAUUGGCGAAACAAUAUAAAGGUAGCGAGUAACAAAGUCAGUACCAAGGUGAAAGCCAUCGCUUUUGCCGAAAACGGUAGCUAUUUUGUUACAGUAGGAAACAGGCAUGUGAAAUUCUGGUUCCUUGAAUAUGGAAAUUCAAAGUACAAAGAGGCAGUUCCUUUGAUGGGCCGGUCAGCCAUUUUAGGUGAACAACGAAACAAUUAUUUCUGUGAUGUAGCAUGUGGCAAAGCCCAAUGUGGUGAUAGUACUUACGCUAUCACACGGUCGGGCCUGUUGUGUGAAUUCAACAACAGACGACUCUUAGAUAAAUGGGUAGAAUUAAGGACUUCAAGUGCCAAUUGUAUAGCGGUAGGUGAAAAUUAUAUUUUUGUUGGCUGUGCCGAGGGAAUUGUGCGGUGCUUCGAUCCUGCAACAUUAAGGUUUAUAACCACCCUUCCUAGAACUCAUUAUUUAGGUGUUGAUGUCAGUCAAGGAUUAAAUAUAAGUCAUAUGUCUUCCCCUCCUUCAAAUGCCAAAUAUCCAGACACUAUAGCAUGUACAUUCGAUGAGACUAGUAAAAAGCUUACUUGUAUUUAUAACGAUCACUCUAUUUACGUUUGGGAUGUUCACAACAUUAAAAGGGUCGGAAAAUCUUUUUCAUUUUUGUAUCAUUCUGCGUGUAUUUGGGGAGUGGAGAUGGCCCCUCCAAACAGUCCUUUACCCCCAGGAAGCUUCCUUACUUGUAGCUCCGAUGAUACCAUUAGGGUGUGGACAUUAGAUAAAUUAACUGAUAAAAACGCUAGGGGGAUUUAUCAAAAGAAUAUCUACAGUAAUGAGCUCCUGAAAGUUGUUUACAUAGACAGGCAAUUAAAUUAUUUAAAAGACUUAGAUUUAUCGUUUUCAAAUCCAUCAAAUGAGAAAAAUGAAACUUCUUACGAUGGCCGUAACGGUGUCCGAUCCAUCAGGAUAAGUCCUGAUGGGACACAUUUAGCAUCUGGCGAUAGAACAGGCAAUAUUAGAAUUCACGAAACAUCGGAAAUGAACACAAUUUGUACAAUCGAAGCCCAUGAUUCUGAAGUUCUAUGCUUGGAGUACACGAAUGUAGAAAAAGAGAAGUUUUUAGCCAGCGCAAGUCGUGAUAGACUAAUUCACGUAUUCGAUGUCAAUAGAAACUAUGAUCUUUUGCAAACGUUAGAUGAUCAUUCUUCUUCCAUAACAGCAGUGAGAUUUUUGAAUUCAAGAGGAAACCUUCAAAUGGUAUCAUGCGGGGCAGAUAAGAGUCUUAUCUUUAGAUCUUUUUGUGAGUCUCCUGAAGGAGUUACACAUUUUACGAGAGACCAGAAUGCGAUAGGAAAAACUACAUUCUUUGACAUGGAAGUAGAUGUUAAUCAGAAACAUGUCCUCACAGCUUGCCAGGAUCGUAAUGUAAGAAUAUAUAGUGUUAGUACGGGGAAACACACUAGAAUAUUUAAGGGCACAACCGGAGACGAUGGAUCUCUGAUUAAGGUUGUUUUGGAUCGGACUGGAAUAUACCUGGCAACCUCUUCCACGGAUAAAAGUCUUUCGGUGUAUGAUUACUACACCGGAGAGUGCAUGGCCACCAUGUGUGGUCAUUCAGAAUUAGCUACUGGACUGAGGUUUACUAACGACUGUAGAAGAUUGAUAUCAGCUGGUGGUGAUGGGUGCAUUUUUGUUUGGCGAGUUCCCCACGAUAUGGUAGUAUCCAUGCAUGCCAGACUAAGUCAGCAAGCAAUGAGACAGGGUAAGACCCUGGAUAAUGAAAUAUUUACUGACAGUAGUAGUGUUGACUUUUACGAUGCAAAUGCAAAUAUGGACAGUGACUAUAGGUUUAAUGUUGGUGCUUUACCUUUAUGGGCUAAAAAACAUAUGACAGACGAUUCGAGUCCUCCAUUGUCUUUAACGAAAGGAGUUGCAGCCCCUAAAGGUCGCUGGGCGCAAAGAGCCGAAAGGAAUAUUGAGAUGAAGUCAUUCUAUACAGAUUCUGUCAUCUCUUUCUCAUCUUUGCAAGAGAGGCGUGUUGAUUCAGAUGAAAAGGAUAGUUCAUUAGACAGUGGUACAGAAACAAGACAUUACAGUGAACUGCAUCGCGAAAGAAACAUAUCCAAACAGGACGAAUUUACUGCCACUAGAAAUAGUUAUAACGAAAUUAACACUCAAACCACUAGACAGUCGAUAUCUGAAAGUAUAACAAUACCGAGAAAUGAUGCUAGAAGGAAUAUUCUUACUGAUGAUAGUGCAAUUGGUGGUUCUGUAAGAGACACCGAUUUGGAAUCUACUGCCCAUGAUGCUGAUAUUGAUUCUGAUCAAGAAUAUAAACAUCAACCCAUGUAUUACCCUAGUCAAAUCGACUCUGCAAGUGGCAGCGAGUUCACGGUAACAAAUAUGGACGCUAAUGAACUUAGAAAAUCACAAAGGAAAGCAAAAAGAGCAAACUUGCCAUCAAUUUUUAUUCAGCCGACUUCAAUUUCAGGAAGUCAAGAUUCCGACGAGGAUGACGAUGAUGCAUCAACUCCUAGUGGCGAAAAUACGGACAGAAACCCCAUGUCAAUGUUAUCAGUUAGUUCUGAAUCGUUAGAUCAAAUAAUUAAUAGGGAAAAAUAUCUUCAAUCGACAUUUGAAAGUUUAAGCGGCGGAGAUGUUGACAACACUCCAGGUAAUAAAGCUUCCAUAUCAUCGCAAUAUUUAGGGAGAGGGGGUAAUAGCACAGGUAUGAAAAACAUGAUGGUAAUAAAUGCUACCAGAAAGACGAAAAACGAUGUGGAAGCUGUUAAAAAAAGAGAGGAAUUAGCUAAACGAAUAGCAGACACACGAAAAAAAUUGCAAAGCGUCGGAUUCAGUCCUUUAAAGUAUAGUCAGUCGACACAUGACCUGUCCCAUAUACCAGAAAAAGACAAGUGGAGUAUGUCUGGCCGUAAGCAAGUACUCAUUGACGAUGAAGACAGUCCUGAUAACAGUCUCCGUAGGUCUUGUAGCUUGUCAGAUUUAAGUUUGCAAGCUCCUUUAACCCCAAAACCUAAAGUUGAAAGAGUUUCAGGAAAACUAACAAAAAAUCAAAAUACAACUACCAGAAGUUCAUCUUCAUCACGUUACACAAAAAGUAACGCAUCAAUGAUGCGUAGUAGUUCGACAGGGGUUUUAAAUCAGUCGGAUUCAGAAACGGAAUCUAACUUUAGUAAGGUGUCUAACAGGUUGAUGCGCCCAACUAUAAGCUCCCAAAAUAAAGUUUCCAAAGUUAAAAAUUCAUCAAUGCGAAAAAGACAGUCGUAUUCCGUCAUGAAUUUAAGUAACAUAGGUCAGGACGACAGUUCCUCGGAAGAAAACGGUAAGCCAGCUAAACCAGCUGUGCCUUUAAGAUCUAGAAGUUUUGUAGCGGAAAAGACACAUUUAAGUGCUGCUGCAAGAAGGAUACACAACAUAAAAGAGAAAAAUAAGGAAAAGAAAAAUAAAAACGUUUCGAAUGAUGACACUUUGACCGCGGAAAGCUUGGAUAUUGAAAAUUUAGAUGGCUCAACGAUACAAUUAUCAGCACAACUUUGCAACGAAGUAGCAGUUGAACUCACAACAGCUGCAAACAACGCAGUUAUGCUUUAUCGACGUCUUACUGACAUCGACUCCAAUUCGUCCGAUCAAAUCAGUAAUGCGCAGAAGAGAGAUUGGGUGAAAAAUCUCGAACUUACGAUCGUUCGCACCCAGAAGAUGUUCCAAGACCUAACGUUAGAGAAAUUUAGAAAGAGCAACCACUUGGAUGUGAAUCAAGCGGAAACGGUGAAAAAGCUAAACGAGUUAGUGGCCAAAGUGUCCGCAAACGACCAGAACACGGUGGUUACAAUAAUGCAACAAUUUUCAGACAUUCUUUUGAAUAUGUUACAACAUAAAAUACAGAACUCAACUACUUGACUGUUGCUGGUAAAUUGAUAAUGGCUUUUACUAAUUUUCUUUUGUCUGUAGUGUUUUUUAUGUACUGUGCUAUGCGUCUCACUACAAAUGAAACAAAGAGAAUCUAAACCAUGAAAAAAAUUGAAUCGAUUGACUUUUUAAUGGCGUUUAAGUGAUGAAUAUAAGUAUUCACAGUAUGUGUAUACUUUCAUGGGAAAUUCCUCAAAAACGCACAGUUCUAAAUGAUUCCAUAAAAAAUGCUAGCCAUAAACUUUAAACUAUGUUACUGUUUUUUCAUUACCCUUAAUAAGUGAAUGAGUUUUUAAAUUUUAAAUUAGAAGAAAUAUACUAGGCGUAAAUUAUUUUCAUUCGUUAAUUAUAAUUUAAAAAAAAAAAACUAAUAACUGUAAUGCGUUUUGGUGUGCGUUUUCUCAUAAGAAAACGAGAAGUAAAAUUAACCAUAUUGUGUCCUCACGUAUUUGAAUAACUUAGAACUGAAUAUUUGUUACAAGUAAUCAUUCCACUGUAUGGCUGUAAUUUAACUAAUUGGAGUGGUAAUGUGUAUGCUUGUAUAUUUAUGUUGAUAGUACCAGUUAUUGUCGGUUCAGAACAUAAUAUUGUAAUGCAUAGUAAGUGUGAGUGUAGUUUAAAUAAGUAAGUAGGUAACGCAAAGCAAAUUUUUGCAAAACAAAAACUAUUUUUUAAAUUAUUUAUUAUUUCAUGUGUUUAUAUAACAAAUAACAAUUA